AAUGUGUGACUCUUCUCGGAAAAUCACACGAAAAUUUGCCAGAUUUCCUUUUUUCCUCUAAUUCCGUCCGUUUUCGUAACUUUAGUUUUUUCGAUCUUUGAAUUCCGCAAACGGGACACAACAGUGAAUCGGAUCCAGUUGCGGGUGCCGCACUUCCGUUUCUUUACUACUGCUUUCGGGAUAUAGGAGCAGGAUUUUGCAUUUUUUCUACCUCGCGCGCUCGUGUGUGUGUAUGUGUGUGUAUCGUGAGAGGGAUCCGUCGGAGCCAGUCGGUCGGUGUGAUGAGGCAUUUUUUUUCGCGAUCAGAUAAAACAUGUAUUUCGGAGAAUACCAACCGCUUUUCAAUCUCCCAGUCGGAACCAAACCGACCAACGGGAGUUUGAUGUUCCGAUUUUGAAGAAGAACGUCAGCAUCCGGCAGUGUUAUUGAUAAAUCAAAAAGUUGCCCUUUAACGAUAAUCAUUUUCUUUUCGCAUACUUUUAUGCAAUUAGUGAUGCAAGGAUACACAGUGCUUCGACUGUACCGUGGAGUGACGCCAGAGUUUUCCUCGGGUUCUAAGAAACGAAUUCGUACGUGUCAGUUGUGGUGAUGUGACAGGCGUUUCAUAAAUCAAAUUAUAUCCUCUUUAUCGGGAAUAGUAAAAUAAAUUUAAGGUGAAUCUAAAAUGGACGUUCAUCAGAAACGUACGCAUAGAAGCGAAACUCGGAAAAGCAUCAACGCUGACAGGAAAAGCGCUAAUGGAGGUGUGAGAGCAUGUGCCAGCGCCAGGAUCAUCGAAUAAAGACAGAGGACAAGACGAGCGGAGCGGCAACGACGUUGUGUAUAUGUAUGGUGUCGUGAGCGACGCUUGGCGCGAGUGUGUGUGGUUGUUGUUUCCAUGUCCACUGUGUGUCCGUGCGUUGUGUUUAUCAACAUUUCAUGCAAGGGCCAAAUUUAUCAUUGACCGCGGAGUGUUCUGGUGAAGGAAGGAAGGCGCUACGCAGGACGGGUAGCCGACCAUAAACAAAACGUUAGCAAGUGCGGGUGUUUAGUGGUGCCUGAGAAUUGAAUUGAUCGGUGUCCUUCCUCACUUCCUGCUGACGACGGUAGCGGGGAUUACAAUCCUAUAACACACGCGUUUCGUCUGUUUUACGGCUCCGUUCUCGGGAUAUCACGGUAGAGCUAACCAUUCGUCAGAUUGGCUGGAAAUCACAGACCGGGGGGCCCCGUCAAAGUGUCAGUUGUUGGAAGCGGUGGCCCUGGCAAUAAAAUUUGGCGACGUGAACGGAUAGGUAUGACGGAACCCGACUCGGACGAUGUAGCGUUUCUUACAGGCGGUGACAGUACUAGCGGACGACCGGCGAGGGAAGGAGUUGCCGUGUGCUCACAGAAACGUGCACUAUGCGUGACAGCGAUUGUUUUGGGGACUUUGCUAGCCACUGCCUUGGUGAUAGCCUAUGCCGGGCCGCAAAGUGUGUGCCCUUGUGCGGGGAAAAUACCGCCCGGCUACAUACCGGAGGGGUACAACAGUUCGGAACCGUUUCAGCCGAUUGCCACCAACGGGCAACCCUUCCCGUGGCUUCUGCCCACGUUGCCCAACAAUGUACGACCGAAUCGGUACAUGCUAACAAUCCAUCCCAAUCUGACGACGUUGGAUGUGAAAGGUCAAGUGACGGUCGAGUUCUAUGUUGAGAAGGAAACGAACUUCAUUGUGCUACACGCACAAGAUUUGAAUAUCACAGAAAAGGCUCUAGUAGGACCUAAGGGGUAUGCUCUCAAAAUUCUAAGGAUAUUGGAGUAUCCUCCCAGACAGCAGCUGUACAUCGAGUUGAGAGAUAAGCUACGAAAGAAGGCCAACUACACUCUCAGCAUUCGGUGGUACUCGAAGAUGAUUUCCGAGCCGGAUGGAUUUUUCGUGGACCAAUUCGAAACGGAACAGGAUGUUAACAAAAUAUUGGCAGCUACAGUUCUCAAACCGGGAAGUGCGAGGAAAGCUUUUCCCUGCUUCGAUGAACCACACUUGAGGGCUUCGUUCAGGAUAUCGCUGUUCCGGGAUCGUUUUCACAUUGGUCUGUCGAACUCGAUCGUGCAGGAUACGGAUGACGUAGGGUUCUAUAUGGGAACAGGACUGCUACGGGACGAUUUCGCUGAAACACCGCCGCUUCCACCGGACUCAAUCGCCUGGGUGAUAGGCGAUUUCAAGCGACAAAUGCUUGAUCCAUCGCCGAUCUAUCAAACCGUGAACGUCACCAAGGACACCCACCGGCCCUUACUGGAACCGACAAAAUCGCCGGCAAAACUAUCAAAGGCAGACAAGAAACCAUUCCGUAAUCUAACUGCCGUUCUGCUGUCGAAAAACCUGUUUAAACUGACAAACAAUCAACCAACUGCGAAACCGACCAGCGCAGACGAAACGACGCACCCAAGUUCUUCAGGGGGAGCGGUAGCGGAAAAUAUCAUUCAGGGAAAUCAUACAAAUCAAGGUCCCAAUGGAGCGGAUGGCAAUCAUACCAGUGCGAAUGAUACGCUGGAAAUCAAAACUGCCCCGGCGUACUCGUUCUAUGCUCCAAAGCCAUACGUUGAUAAGGGAAGUUUCGUACUGCAUACUUCCAGAGACAUCCUGGAAUAUUUACAGCAGUGGCUUGGUGUGGCUUACCCACUGUCGAAGUUGGACUUCAUCGCAUUGCCAACACUGAACGACGACCUUACGAGCUCGCUUGGCCUAAUCGUAUGUAGAACGUCGUUUCUCAGCUCCCCGGAAAAUGUAUCCACCAAGGAGUAUCACAUGUCGGUGGUGAAGAUCUCCGAGGGCAUUGUGAAGCAGUAUUUCGGUGGAUUGAUCUCACCGAAGGCUUGGAAGCACGUCUGGCUCUGGGAGGGUAUCAUCAGACAUCUGAGUAGAUUUAUUUUAACGCCCAUUCGUCCGAUGUGGCCCAUGAACGAGCUAUUUUUGAUCGAAACUAUAACCCGUGCGUUGGAUGUUGAUGCACUGCAGGGAUGGGAGAGUAUCCACGGGGGAACAACCGACACCGGAGAUAAUGAAGCAUUCUACAUAGAUAAAUCCGCAUCCAUGGUGGCUAUGCUGCAGUCCGCUAUUGGAGAGUCUCAUUUUCGACAGUGCUUGGGAAAGUUCAUAAGAACAUUCAAAUACCAGACGGCGGAUCCGACAGAUUUGUGGUCAAUCUGUGCAAAGCAAGUAAACAAUAGUAAAAAUGUCAAAGAAAUGAUGAACUUCUGGACAAACCUUCCUGGUUUUCCACUGCUGAACGUAACAAGGCAGGGCGAUGAGCUUCACGUCACCCAAAUACCAUUCGCUCCGGCCGAGUUUAUGGCAAUAUACGAUGAUCCGAACGAGGAUGAAAAUAGUUCUCUGUCCACUACAACGACAACGACUGUUGCUCCGACUACUGCCAGCGGCAAGGAGAAGAAACGGAUUCGGUGGACGUUCCCGAUAAGCUUCGUAACCAGCAAUAGCGAACUACUGCCAGAGACGAUAUGGUUCAACACGACCGGAACCGUAAUAGCACUCAACCAUUCACCCAAGUGGAUCAAGAUGAACCACGAGCAAACGGGAUACUUUAGGGUUUUGUACGACGAGAAUAACUGGGUUCAGCUGGUUAGUCAGCUGCAGAUCAAUCAUCAUGUUUUCAACACACAGGAUCGCGUCGGUUUGGUUUCGGACAUUUUUACACUGUGCCACGCCAAUCUGCUGUCGUGCGAUUUCGCUAUGGAUUUGAUAUCGUAUUUCCCCAAGGAGCAAGACUGGGGUCCCGUGCUGGUGGGUCUGAAGCACUUGGAAAAGUGGCGUAAGAUUCUCAAAUACUCGGAGUGCUAUUUGGUGCUGGCGGAGUACAUUCGCCAGAAUCUGGCCAAAUCGAUUCAGGAGCUUACCUGGAAUGAUACGGGUAGGGAAGAGCUGAAACUGCUUCGACCGACGGUUCUGCUGAAUGCGGUCCUCUGGGAAGAACCGGAUGCCAUACGUAACGCCAAGGAGCUGAUGAACGACCAAAUGACGAUCCCACCAAACCUACGUUCGGUUGCCUAUAUCGGGUCGGUUUUGUCCGGAGAGAUCCGCUAUUGGCAGGACUGCUGGUCCCUGUAUAAUACACUACGAAAGGAGAAGGACGUUGGUUCUGAGGAACGGAUGGAGUUACUGCGUGCCCUGGGUGUGACCAAGGAUGCAUGGCUGCAGAACCGGCUACUGUCGCACGUAAUUACACUGCCCGUGACCGAGAUAGUGCAGGUUUUGGAAGCGAUCGCUGGCACGCCUACCGGGGGUGCGAUGGCCUGCCGUUUUUUGCAAGCCAAGUGGCAAGACUUUCAAUCGAAGCUCGGUAAAGGCAGCGUAAAUUUUGCUCGCGUGAUAUCCGCCAUCACGCAGUACGGCUCGACAAAGUUUGAUUAUGAUGAGUUGAAGUCGCUGGUAGAACGCUUCGGUGGUGGACCGGGAAUGAAGAUUUUGAAUAUGACUCUCAGCAUGGUGGCGGCCAACGUCGAGUGGGUAAGCCGAUCGCAGUCAUCUAUAUACAACUGGAUUGAGAAGAAAUACCACUUCUGAUAAGCGAGCGUUUAGGAAACUGCAAAAACACACAAACGAGAUGAGGAAAAAAAAAAGAAAAAGAGGAAUUUUACUGAAAUAGCGCGUUGAGUUCACGACAGUCGCAGAACAGAUUAAUGUGUGACAUGUACUAGAACUUUGAGACACAAAACAAUGAUAUACAUCUAUUUUUUAGUUUUCUUUUUCGAAACUUUAGACAGAUAAUGAUCGAACCGAGCAGUUAGACAGCUAAGCAAAAAAAAAACACACAAAAUAGAUCUUACGAAUGUGUACGAGAAAUGUUGUAUGAUUGAUCCUGGAAGGGGUGAAAGAGAAACACUGCAGAUAUAGGGCGCAAAAAUCAGAAUGCAUUUAUUGGUAGUACAAUCUCUGGUAGAAGAAUUUUUAAUCCUAUCAUAUGACAGAUCAAAUCUUCCAAGGAAUAAAAAAAAGCAAACUGCUCACUCCAGCUAGUAUUAAUCCCUUGCCUGAGUUCACUGCAUUUAUAGAAUUAUUCGUUGGUUUGCAAUAGCAUGAAUCGAGUAGAAUCGAAUAAGAGGAAGGACUGAUUUGUAAUUAACAGCAACAUAACAUAACAUCUUCAAUACAUAUUAAUACUUAGUAAAACUCGUACCCUCUCUAUCUCUAUAUUUCUCUUUCUCGCGCGUAGAGAUUAGAUCAAACGUCUAAUCAUUUUUCAAAAUAAAACUAAAUACAUUAUUUAUCGGUUAAGCAUUAAAGCAAGCUAAAACUUGCACUUUCUACAAAUUAACAAAGAUUCCCUGAUUUGCCUGUGACCACAAAAAAAUGGAUUUGACACAAAUUUUACUUUAUGGUUUUUACUGUCCACAAAAAAGUGUGAUAGCCAAUUCAACUCUGAUUGCGAGCUGUUUUAGUACGCGUGUAAAUAACUAACUGAAUCGGCGAUUAGCUCGCAUCAUGUAUGCCACCUUUCAGUGAUUUCCUAUUUCAAAUAUACAAACGGCAGAAAGACAAAAAAAAACACUAUAAGUAAAACCAUGUGACAAGAUGAUGGGUGCAGCAUAUUCUGUGGACUAGUGUGAUAUAGUUUAGGCAGUGCUUCUAUCGACAGGGAGCACCGGAAAACCAGUAUUAAAGCAAACGCAGAUUCUCUACCAAAACAAGACGUUUCUCUGAAUAUAUUUACGUUACAGAAAUUGGAAGUUACCAUAAGGGAGAAACAUUAUGUGACAAACAAACAAAAAAAAACGCAGACAUAAUACAUUGCGUACACAUGUUCAGUAUCAAAUAGUAAAAAAAAAUUAACACAUUGUUUCACUGUACUUUUCCAAUAUUUUUCUCAAUCUUACAACAAAAAAGUAACUACUACUCUAGCAAAAAGGACACUCUCCACAAUGCAAUGAAGUGAAUCAUUCUCGCAAUAUCUGUAAUAGAUUUUUACAACUUGAAAUGCUCAUUGAUUCUUGUGUAGCAAUAUCUAUAUAUUAUACGUUUCAAAGAAGACAUAUUAUAUAACUUAGUUCAUAAUGAAUACGCUUAUUAAACGCAUUACUAUUCACAUAGACCAAACCCACACAAAUACUCUCUCUCUCUCAAAUACACUCAGAAAACAUAUUUCAUUGCGCUACAAAACUCGAAAAAAAAACAA